AACGUCACGUACUUUUCCAUUAUGUUAGAACCACCGUAGCACUCGUAGACGAUCAUAUGGUGGACAAGACGCCGCGUGUCGUCGUUUAGCAAAGGCACAAACUGCAGAAGUGAUCAAAAGUCAUAUCUCAGAAUAUUUUUAGUGAAGGGAACAAAAUAUAAUUUAUUUUCAUUCUUUGGCGCCUCUACUGCUACGCCGUUGACAUGUUCGAAGAAACGUUACUCUUCCUCUCCGCUAUCGUCACCAUCUUCGUCGGGUUCGUUCGGGCGGACUGCAGUUUUGGUGAUUGUCAUCGACGAGAAACGUGCGCAGACAGGCCUUGGACUGAGUCGAGGGAAGGACGCAACGACGACCGAGUGAGAAUCGUAGACGCGCCCCUGGGCUCGGACAUAGAAUUCUUGUGUAACUAUUGCGGCGAAAAGGAUAAAGGCCAAGCCCGGUUUUGGUAUACUUCGCACAGAAUGUUGUACUCGAACGGCACCUUGGCGGGUCGGAAGGAAGUGGUGCUGGGUAUGUCAGACCCGAUGGAGUCAAACCGAGUGUACAUGACGCUAGAUCAUCGUCUGGUAAUCCGGAACUUGACCUCAUCCGACACCGGUCGGUACUCGUGUUCCGGUCUUGAGACUGAUGAACGCCUUGAGUAUGCGCUCGAUCUACUGCCGGCGAAUUCAGGCGGGCGGCCCGGUGCCGACGUCGUGGCGGUGACUGCCGAUUCGAUGGCAGGAUGGACGCAGUACGAAUCUCGGUAUUUAGCGCCUGUCACGAAGGCUUUUCCGAUAGUUUGGAAAAUGGAUGUGGACUGGGAUCCAUGGGGCCCGUGCGACGGAUGUGCGGGCAAGCGGUACCGAAGAGCUGCCUGUCGGGUCUGUUUUGACGUUGGUAUUCGCAUGGCUUGUAGAUCGAUCGCGCUACCCGCUACUGUGAUGACAGUUUCGCCCGGUCUAGCAGCCAAAUUAUCUACGUUGCCAGACUUUUUGCUAGCCGAAACAUGUUACGCCUACUGUCAGGUUUCGAACAAGCGCAGACUUCCUAAGUACAGGAACACGUUUGUGUUGGAGGAAGGGUCUAGUUUGACAUUAGUAUGUGCCGAAGCAACCGCUGAUAAAAAGGUGACGUGGAGAAAAGAUGGACUUUUAUUGACCGAAACCGAGUCCACUGCCGAUGACACGUCUGGGGCGUUGCUGGACACGUUUGGGACGUUGUACUUGGUCAGACUCACAGACAAUGACUCCGGUAAUUACACGUGUUUUGUAGACGGUAACCGAACCCAAGAAGUGCUGUUGGUCGUCCGAAAGUCAUCGUUGCUCUCGUCAAAAGCUUACGCCAGACACUUAUACUAUUUGUACUACAUAUUUGCUAUGUAUUUUGUCGUUUUUGGUGCUCGGAUCUACUACGCUUUUCUUAACCGUCGAUAUUUUUUGAAGAUCACCGACAGCGAUGUACUGAAACCCGAAAUUCCUAUCGUUUAUCUGGGAAGAAAAAUUCGAAUCCGUUGAUGCCUAAUUCAUAACUAAAAAACUUAAGAAAUAUUAUAUGGUUUAAUUGAAUGUCUUAUAAGCCUAUUGUUGUGUUGUGGUGACACAUAACUAUUACAGUUCUACGUUUUGUUCAUGGCACACAUUUUUGUUAUCUUUUCCGAGUAUAGUUAAUAAACU